AUGAAGGCCAACGUUUCUGCCCUCCUCCUUCUCGCCUCGGUCGCUGCCGCGACGCCCUCGUCUACCGCUGGCGAAUUUGAAGAGCGCCAAAUUCCCUACAAGAAGAUGCCUGCGAUCCGGGGAGCAACUCCCGAGACUGGCGUUGUUCACGAGAAGCGCGGAAUCUGGCUCAUCGCAGAGGCAGGCAUCACGCUUUUCAAAUUUGUCUUGGCUGGCCUUGAGUUUCUAGAGUCCCCGCCGCCAGUGUGGGAACCCGAGAGCAACAACUGCGUCAUCGAAGUCAAGGCCAACACGCACGCAGACGGCCGGGCCGAGUGCUCCAUCUCUGGCUCUCCCAAAGGCGAGCCAGCCUUCACCACCUUUGGCAACGAGCAGUGGCAGGACUGCUCGAUCGGUGCCAUCAACAAGUUCACUUUUCCUGACGCUCCUGGCCGCCCGGGACCCGGUGCUAUCGAGGUGCAGUGGACGAGAGACGGUCCCAAGGAGGGCGCGGGAGGCAACGAUGGCUUCUGGGCACCGGAGCUUGGCUUUAUGGAGCUGAACCCUGCCGUCUGGUUUUCGGCCGAGAAGUCGCUCGAGUCGGAGGGAAACGUCAUUUGCAACAUGAAGAUCGACGAUGGCAGCCUUUCGGACAAGUGGUCCGGCUGGCACAUCUACAAGUGCGGUGUUCCUUGCCGCGACGCCGCCGACGACUUCACUGUACAGGGCUGAAUGCGCUUCUGCCGUAAGCGAUCCUGACUUGAUGGAUGGUUUCUGUCCGCUCCACUUGACCUUUACGAAUAUCCUCGCCCCUGAAGAAGCAAUCCGGCCGCUCUACCGAGAGCUCUGGUAGUCCCCGCCUGUACACAUUUCGUCUCUCAAGUCACUCUCUCGUGGUUAUUUCCGCGCAAAUGUCUUUUCAAGUCCUCUCAUUUCAAGUUCGGAGCUCGGGUUGGCAGCGGCGUACA